CAGCAUGUCCAACUUCUGCGAAAGAGAGUAAUUGAAAGUGUUGAUAAAAUUGUGUAUUUGUCUUCGUCAUCGAACAAAUCUACGAUAUACCGUCAAAAUAUGCCACCCCCAGAUCGAUGGCUUGAUUAUUCCAAUGUUGGAAAAGUUAUUCCAGGAACUAACAUUUUGUGCUUCAAAGUACCACUGAAAAAUGGACUUUUGAGACAAGUACCACCAGAUUUGUGGUUCACCCCGAAACAAUUGAUUGAUCAUGUUGAGAAGGAACAGCAUAAAUUAAAAUUGGUCAUAGAUCUUACCUUCACUACAAAAUACUACUUUAAAGAUGAAUUUACGAAAAAUGGAGUCAAGUACCUUAAAAUAUUUACAGAAGGACAUGUGAUACCUCACGAUGAUGUGGUUCACAGGUUUUAUGAUGCUAUCGAAACCAAUAAAGCUAUGAGUGAAAAAGGUGAUGUGGUAGGAGUGCACUGUACCCAUGGUAUUAACAGGACAGGCUACAUGGUGUGUAGGUACAUGAUAGAACGGCUAGCCUUUAAGCCAGAGGAAGCCAUAUCAGCUUUCAAUGCAGCACGAGGUCAUGACAUUGAAAGAGAGAACUACCUGGCCGACCUGCACACCAAAACAUUUUUGGAAGGCUACAAGAAUGAAGGAAGGCACACACUUGAACAGAAGAAGCCCAACUGGAAUGAUUCACAUAAACCUGUUGAGAAGAGAUAUAGGUCAGAGCGUUCUAGUAGUCAAACUAAAGAACAUGGUCGUUAUGACCAACAUGCUGGUAGCCAUUAUAGAGAUGACCGGAGUCGUUAUAACCAAGAUUUGGGUAGUAGUGGUAGCCAGAGUAGAGGUUUCCAUAGUAACAGUUACCAUGACAAUGCCAGAUAUGACCCAUCCAAUGCUGAUAGAUAUCACUAUGGUGAAUACACAUACGAGAUUGAAGAAGGACGGAGAGACAUGCCAAGUGAAUAUUCAAAUUAUCACAGCCACCAUGGCAACUCCUGGGGGCACAAUGAUGGUGAUCACAAUCUACAUCUGAGUCAUGGAUACCACAUUUACCAUGAUACAUCCUGGGGUCAGGACUAUAGAGGCAAAGGUGAUGGCUAUAGAGGUCAAGGUCAACAUUAUAGAGGUCAAAGUUAUGACUCUAGAGGUCAAGGUCAGCGCUAUGGAGGUAGAUACAAUAGAGACUAUGGCACUAGAGAUCAUGAUAUGGGUUAUGAAAGACAAAGACAGGACUACAGAGGUCAAGAAUAUGCAAGGUCACCCCGUGGAAACUGGCGCAAUUCAAACAGUGGUCAACAAUCUCACCACGGGUAUAACUCUUUCAGUUCAAGAGAUCACAAAGGGUUGGACCUACAUCAAAGUCGUAAAGCUUCAGACAGACCUCACAGUGGUAGGUAUACAAGUAGAUACAAUGACCAAUCAAGACAUAGUCAAGAUAAUAACAGUCACCAAGAAAGAGAAACUGACAGACCCAAUACUGCAUUACAAGGCCAUGGACAUCAAGAUACUACACAACAAAUCCAUGGACAGCAGGACUCACAAUUUGACUCUUCCGAUGCUACACUAGGGCAUGGACAUUGAGAUACUACACAACAAAACCAAGGACAACAGGACACACAAUUUGACUCUUCCGAUGCUACACUAGGGCAUGGACAUUGAGAUACUACACAACAAAACCAAGGACAACAGGACACACAGUUUGACUCUUCCAAUGCUACACUAGGGCAUGGACAUUGAGAUACUACACAACAAAACUAUGGACAACAAGACACACAAUUUGACUUCCGAUGCUACACUAGGGCAUGGACAUUGAGAUACUACACAACAAAACCAAGGACAACAGGACACACAAUUUGACUCUUCCGAUGCUACACUAGGGCAUGGACAUUGAGAUACUACACAACAAAACCAAGGACAACAGGACACACAAUUUGACUCUUCCGAUGCUACAC